AUGACCAUUAAAGUGGAUUUUGAGGAGUGUCUGAAAGACUCUCUGCGCUUCAGAGCUGAAAUCGAGGCCGUCCAAGUCGACGUGGGAGAACUUGAGACUCGAUUAGAUAAGCUGGUGAAACAAUGCCAGGCCAUGCUGGAGGCCGGCCGGGUGUACUACCAGACCAGCAAGAGCUUCGUAAGCGGUCUCCAGAGUCUGGGACAGCACUGCUCCUGGGACACUGUGAUGGAGGAGUGUCUUCAGAAGUUUUCCGAAAAACUGUCCCUCAUUUUGGACGCGCAAGGGGAGGUGAUUGAGCUCACGCAGAAGUCAGUCAAAACCAAGCUCCAAACGUUUGUGAAAGAAGAUGUUCGGCGUUUUAAGGAUGCACGCAAGGAGUUCGAACGCAGCAGCGAAUCCCUGGAUGGGGCGCUGGCGAAGAAUGCUCAGGCGCCUCGGGGAAAACCACACGAAGUGGAGGAGGCCAACGGAGCGCUGCUCAACGCCCGACGGACUUUCAGGUCCAGCGCUUUGGAUUACGUCUUGGAGAUUAACAUCAUCGAGGCAAAGAAGAAGACUGAACUCUUGACGGCUAUGUUGUCGCUGAUGGACGCUCAGGCCCAGUUGUUCCAGAACGGCCACCGGUCCUUAUCAGAAACGGACCGGUACCGGCAAAAACUAAACGAAGAGCACACACAGUUUGUCCUGAACUCUGCGCGGGAAAAACGGGACAUGGAGCAAAGACACGCUGCCAUUAAGAAAAAGGACAUAUCCUACGACGACUCGAUGAUGGACUUUAAUCCAGAUGCAACGGACGGGGUCGCCAUGGAAGGUUACCUCUACAAAAGGGCAAGCAAUGCCUUCAAAACCUGGAGCAGACGCUGGUUCUCUAUUCAGAAAAAUCAGCUGGUGUAUCAGAAAAAAUUCAAGGAGCAGCCCACGGUGGUGGUGGAGGACUUGCGUCUGUGCACGGUCAAACCAAACAAUGAGAACGAGAGGCGCUUCUGUUUCGAAGUGGUCUCCCCAUCCAAAAGUUGUCUGUUACAGGCCGACUCCGAGAGGCAGCAGCACGCGUGGAUCGGCGCCGUGCAGAACAGCAUCGCCUCGGCGUUCCAGGAGCGCCGGGAUGACCAACACAGUCCGCGGCAGCGAUCAGACUCCUUGUCGAAGGGCGACCCCAUCGCCGGUCGGCAGAGCGAAGGUUUGGAGGCCCUGGAAGAGGUUCGGGCCAUUGCCGGGAACGGGGAGUGCUGCGACUGCGGGAUGCCGGGUCCUGACUGGGCCUCUAUCAACCUCGGCAUCACGUUGUGCAUUGUGUGCUCGGGAAUCCACAGGAGCCUGGGCGUCCACUUCUCCAAAGUACGUUCGCUCACUCUGGACUCCUGGGAGCCAGAACUUAUUAAGUUGAUGUGCGAAUUAGGAAACGGCGUCAUCAACGGCAUCUACGAGGCUCGCAUUGACGAGAUCACCUUGAAGAAGCCCCUCCCCUCCAGCCCGAGAGGUGACAAGGAGGUGUGGAUUCGCUCCAAAUACGUGGAGAAGAAGUUCAUCCAAAAGCUUCCGGAGACGGCACGGAACCCUGCGCAAAGGCGUACCGGCACCCAGAGGAACAGGGCGGCUACUCAGGACCGCACCGCGCAGAGGCCACCGCUUAAACCGAAACCGAGCCGAACCACUCUGCCCCGAACUGCGACCGGCCUCAGUGAGGUCCAAAAGAACAACGCGUGCUCCCCUAAUGAUGUGAACGACGAGGAGGAGGAUCUAAGCGGGCUUCACCCCGGCGCGCUGCUGUACCGCUCGGCAGGUCUGCAGAACUUCCCGGUCAUGGCCGACGCGUUGGCCCACGGCGCUGACGUCAACUGGGUCAACACAACCGACGAAGCCCGUACGCCGCUGAUCCGGGCCGUCUCGGUGAAUGCCCUGGCGGCGUGCGAAUUCCUGCUGCAGAACGGCGCCGACGUCAACCAGGCGGACAGGAACGGGAGAAGGCCGCUUCAUCACGCCACUAUACUGGGUCACACAGGGUUGGUGUGUCUCUUCCUGAAACGAGGCGCGGACUACAACGCCAGGGACAAAAACCAGAAAGAUCCGAUAACCAUCGCCGUGGACAACGCCAACGCCGACAUCGUCACUUUACUGCGAAUCGCCAAGAUGAACAGGGAGAUGCAGGAGAUGGACGGAUCCCUGGGAAAAUCAGGUGACGAAACAUACCAUCACAUCUUCAAGGACUUUUCACACAUGGCUUCCAACAACCCGGAGAAGCUCAAGCGUCGCAGUGCGGAUGGCAAAUCCUGA